AUUUUAGAACCCUAAUCCCCAAUUCUCUCUUCUUUCUCUAAAUAUCCAACGUUUCUCUCUUCUAAAUCAGUUGUGUUUUAUCAAAUGUCGCAAAGUUCAGUGAAUAUCGAGGAAGUCGAUGUAUGUAAGUGUGGUUAUUAUUGUCGACUGAAAACUUCGAGGACUCCAUUGAACCCAGGUCGUCGAUUUUUUGGAUGCAAAGCAUCAAAGGAAAAUGGUGGAUGUGGCUAUUUUAGAUGGAUUGAUCCGUCACUUGAAAAUGUUGAUGAAUCAUCCUUAAUGAAUAGAUUCAUAGAUGGUCAUAAUCCGAUUGAUCGACUAAAGAGAAAAGUGAAAGAGCUUGAAGAAGAAAGGGAUUCUUUGAAAUUUCAAUUGAAUGAAAAUGAAGAGAAGAUGAUGGUAUUGAACAAGAAGCUCAAGGAAGUUAAACUCCAAAGGGAUUGGGAAAAUGUCAAAUUUAACCGAGUUGUGAUUGUUUUUCUUUGUCUGCUAACUAUAAAAUGGUUCUUUAAUAUUGUGCCACGAGGUUUAAAGCCAAUGUCUAUAUUGGUUGGUGAAGCACUCUUCAAUUUUGUUGGCCCAUGUAGAAUCUUCUCACUUGAUGUACCAGGCUGUAAUAUAAGAAAGAAAAUGUAA